UCACCAUGCUCCGAGGAAGAUUGGCCACCAGUGCCCGCUCAGACAGCAGUGAGGUGGAUAUUGAUGGAACAGAGUCAGAGAUGGCCAGACUGCAGAGACAGUUCAGGAUCAUGGAAGGAGAUCGACAGGCCUACAACAUUCAGGCCCGAGAGCAGAUCCGCAAACAACAGCAGGAGAUAGAGAAGCUGCUGAAGGAGCAGGAGGAGCUGCAUCGAAACCUCGGAGCCUGUAAGAGCUCGUCACGCCAGCAGCGGGACAGCGAGGACACCCAGAGUCUCCGUGCUCUGCUGGAGCACAGGGACACGCUGGAGGAGGACAUGGGGAAGGAGAGGCAGCGUCAGAAAGAGCUGGAGAGAGAGAUUGCAAACAUGGAGUUAAAGCUUUCUGAUCUGAGAAAAGGGGAGGUCAGUACUGGUGAUAAGCAAAAUUCUGAGGUACGGAGGACUCAGAAGGCUAUACGUACUUUGGAAUACAAACUGGACAGGGCCUUGACUCGCUUCAAUGAGCAGCUGACCAAAAACAGCCACCUGAGAGAGGAGAUGCAGACUCUUCAUAUAGAGCGUGUCCGUUUCCAGCAACUACACAACAGGCUGGAAAAGGAACUGACUGAUGUCCGCAAGAAGAUCGGGGAAAUUGUCAACCUGUCCACUGCUGCUUACGACGCCAGGUUGGAGGCUCAGUCCAAGAUGAUCAUGAUGAGGGAGAAGGCAGUGAAGGAUCUGGCCCAGUACAACGCUGAGAUGAAGGAACUGGAGAGAGUUAUCGCACAUGAGUGCAGCCUCAAAGAGUUUAUGACCACCAAGUGCAGCGAGAGGAGCGGGCAAGAUGACGGCCAUGAGAUGGGACACAGACAGCUGUCAGAAGUGAAGGAGCAGAGGAGGAUGGACUCAGGGGAGGAGUCACUGGACGCUCUAGAGGAGGUCUUCGAAAGGAUCCAGACUGUGACGGGGGAGGAUAACCUGGACCUGCUGGUCACCAGAUUCAUCCAGGUUGAAGACCGGAACUUUGCACUCUUCAACUUUGUAAAUGAGCAAAACAACGAGGCAGAGGCACUGAGGGAUCAGAUCAGCCAGACGCAGGCAGAGAUCGAGCAGUUUGGAGUAGCAGGCGUGCAGCAGGAGCAGGAUCACCGCUCUCUGCUGAGAGACAUCGAUGAGCAACAAAAGGAAACCGAGUUUCAGGCUGAAGAGUUUGAAAACCAAGCCGGCGUCAUGAGCAAAAUCCUGGACGAGAUCAAAACAGGAGUGAACAGCAUUUUCUCUAAGAUGGAGUGUGACCGCUCAGUGAUCGAGGACACACUGGGCUCCUCGUCAGGCAUCAGUGAGAACAACAUCAUGUCCUACCUGGGUCUGGUGGAGCAGAAGACCAACCAGCUGCUCACCAUACAAGCUUUCAUCAACUCUAAAGAUCUGGAAAAAGACUACAAUCCAAAAGACCUGGCCAAAUUUCUUUUAGGUCAAAAUCCAGAACUGCUUCAGCGGAAUAUCAGCAUCCAACCCCCAAUCAACAGUGUGGAGUAUGAUGCAGAAGAUUCUCCUGUCACUGAUGAGGAAGAACGACCGCUUUCACAGGGGGAACUUCGCAGGAGAAUAAUGAAAGGGGUUCAGCAGAAGGAGAGCUCAAUCCGGCAGGCGGCAACCAAAGCCUCAAAGAUCAGCCAGCAGCUUGACGGCAGACAGCGUUCCCUGGAAGACGCAUGA